ACCGUGCCAAUGUUUUUAACCUAUGGUCUGGGUUGAUGUUUUCAUUGAACUGGUUUAUCUCCGGAUUUUCACUUUUUUUUCUGAUUGGCCCUUGAUAUUUUUGCUGGUGGUUUUAUUAUUUUUCAAUUAACAGUUCUGGGAAAAAAUGUUUAAGAAAAUGAACAAAGACAGCAUUACUCUACAGUCCACAUGCCUUGGCUUUGCUUCCACAUUUUGCAUCCUCAGUACCAAGAUUUAGGUACAAGUGUCUUCAGCAAGAUAUUCCUCAUAAUAGACACAUGGCUUUAGGCCCUUCUUCAUCUACCAUUGUCCUGGCUGCCGCAAGGGUUUUGUCGUUGCAGGGAAAGUGAUACUGCAAUUUUAAUGGCUGUGGUGGUGAUAAAUCUGAUAGUGUAAACAUUCUGAACAAGGAAAUGCUAAGAUACCAGCUUUCUAGGACCUAUUCUCUUUGCCAGAUUCUUCUUGCUUUCAAUUUUCAUAUUAAUUCAGUGGAAAUGGAAAAGAUAUAUGGCUUCCAUAUAUGCAUCCAAGAUCGAAUUUGAACAAGCCACAUAACUAGUCUUCAAACAAAGUGCACUUAUAAUACCCAACUAAUUCCAAAGUAGUGAUUUCGAUAAAAACACCUGGGAAAUGUGAUGUGAUUAGAGAUGGCAAGAUGGGAUGACAUUCUAAUGCUUCCGGUGCAAGAGCCGCCCACCAUUGUGUUUAACUCAUCUGACCUUAAUUGGUCCAAGGUGGAAGGUUGGGGUCAGAAUGUUGAUAAUGUUGCCCGCAUUCCCUUCUCUAGAGUUGACGACUUUGUGAAGGGAGAAUCCUCUAGUACUGAAUAUCCCACAAAGUUUCGUGUUGAGGCAAGGAGGAAAAAAACAGAUUACAGCUCAUAUAAGCCAAGAGUAGAUGGCUAUCUGGAAUAUAUCCUAUAUUGGUGUUGCUAUGGCCCUGAUGAUCACAGGAAAGGAGGAACAUCGCGGCCCAGUAGAAAGUGUAUUAAGCCGUCAAAGAAGAAAAGUAGUGCUGGGCGACCACAUACAAAGCGAGGUUGCAUGUGUCAUUUUAUUGUGAAACGUUUGUAUGCUCAACCAUCUGUUGCUCUUAUUAUAUACAACCAACGGAAGCAUGUUGAUAAGUCUGGUUCUCCUUGCCAUGGACCACUUGAUACCAAGGCCAUUGGAACACUAGCACUAUAUGCUCCUUACAUCUCAGAAGAACUUCGACAACAGAUUAUGUCAAUGCUAUAUGCUGGAAUUUCUGUGGAGAGUAUAAUACAAAAUCACAAAAAUUCUGUGGAGAGGCAAGGUGGCCCCUGCAAUCGUGAUGCUUUCCUCUCUCGCCGUUUUGUACGCACGGUAGAGAGGAACAUUAGACGAGCUACACAUGAAUUGGACUCAGAUGAUGCAUUGAGCAUUAAAUUGUGGGUUGAAAGUCAUCAAAAUCAGGUUUUUUACUACCAGGAAUCCUCUCAGACUGAUGCUUUUAUCCUGGGAGUUCAAACAGAGUGGCAAUUGCAGCAAAUGCUACGUUUUGGAAAAAACAGUCUUAUAGCUGUGGAUUCCAGUUGUGGAACCAAGAAAUUUAAGUAUCCAAUUUACACACUUCUUGCUUUUGAUUCAAACCAAACCGCAAUUCCCAUAGCAUGGAUCAUUGCUGGGAGUUUACGAAGUCAUGAUGUUUUCAAAUGGAUGGGAACGCUUCAUGAUAGAGUUCGUGCAAAGGAUUCUACGUGGAGAUUGAAUGGCUUCAUUAUUGAUGAUGCAGCAACAGAAAUUUUUAUAAUCAGGGAUGUGUUUCAGUGCACAAUUCUGUUGUGCCUUUGGCGUGUACGUCAUGCAUGGCAUAGAAAUAUUAUAAAGAAGUGUGCCAAUGCUGAGAUGCAACGUGAGAUGUUGAAGCGUCUUGGGCACGUCAUGUAUAAUACAUGGAGUGGGUCAAAUGUCAUCAAUGCCAUGGAAGAUUUUAUGGAAGAUUUUGUAGACCAUAGUGCCUUCAUGGAAUACUUUAAAGCAAGGUGGAUGCAAAGAAUAGAGAUGUGGGUGACUGCAAUGAGGAUUCUACCUGUUGCAAGUCAGGAGACUUGUGCAGCUAUUGAAGCAUAUCAUUCUAUACUAAAAUCUAGGAUGUUAAGUGCACCAGACAUGAGCACAUAUCAACGAGCUGAUUGGUUGGUACACAAACUGACUAAUGAGGUGCAUGCUUACUUUUGGGUUGAUCAAUUUUCAGUAGAAAAUGAUCUAUUUGGAUAUGCCAGAGAUGAAAAUUAUGCUUCCACAUCAUGGCGCAAGGCACUCUUAAUUGCAGACAGUGAUGUUAUUUUCAAUGAGAAGGAUCACACUUCAAAGGUUAUUAGCCAAAGUGAUCGGACAAGGACAUACAUUGUUUGGAAUCCUGGUUCAGAGUUUGCUCUUUGUGAGUGUUCUUGGUCUAUGUCAGGCAAUCUCUGUAAACAUGUUAUUAAGACUGGUAUGGUUUGUUGUGAUCGUCAGAUGGCAAGACCAUCAAUGGCUCUUAAGACAUAUCAUCAAGCUUUGCUUAGCCUGUUGCACGGUCCACCAAAUGGAUCAGUUGUUCUUGAUAAUGCUAUCUCACUAGCCAUUGGUGUGCACCAGGAUCUUAAGAGACAGGUCGAACCAGCAAAUCAUGGCUAUAUUAACUCUCUGCUUUCUCCAGUUCCUGUUAAGUGGGUUUGCAAGAAGAGUAGAACUUCUAGACAGAAGGCAAGUGUUGAAAAUGGAAAUAAUAAUUCAAUAUGUGGGCAUAGAGUUACAACUGAUGCUGACGAUGGGGCAAUUAAUAAAACUGGUUUAGAUGAGAAUGUUAUAACUGAUACUGAAGAUGGGGCAAUUGAUAAAACCGGCCUAGAUGAGAAUGUUAUGAUUGAUACUGAAGAUGGGGUAAUCAAUGAAACUGUUUUAGAUGAGAAUGUUAUGGCUGAUGCGGAAGAUGGGGCAAUUAAUAAAAUUGGUUUAGAUGAAAAUGUCAUGAUUGAUGCUGAAGAUGGGGUUAUUAAUAAAACUGUCCUUGAUGAGAAUGUCUUAAUUGAUGUUGAAGAUGGGGCUAUUGAUAAUGCUGCCUUUGAUGAGAACUUCGCAACUGAUGUUGAAGAUGGGGCUAUUAAUGAUAUCGUCUUAAAUGGGAGUGCUGCAACUGAAGCUGAAGAUGGAGCUAUUAAUAAUGCUGCCUUCAAUGAGAAUGUUGCAACUGACAGCGAGGAUGGGGUUAUUAGUAAAGGUGCCUUAGAUGAUAUUGUUACAACUUAUGCAGAAGAGAAGGCUGUUAAUAAAAUACUUUUGGAUAAAAGUGUUAAUGAAAUACUUUUGGAUAAAAGUGUUAUAUCUGUUUCAAUGGAUUCUGAAGAAGGGGCUAUUAACAAAGGUGCCUUGGAUGAAAUUGUUACAACUUAUGCUGAAGAUGAGGCUAUUUAUAAAACUUCCUUAGAUGAAAUUAUUUCAUCUUAUGCUGAAGAUGAGACUAUUAAUGGAACUGCUUUAGAUGAAAUUGUUGCCACUUAUGCUGAAGAUACUUCUGCCUUGGAUGAUAUUGUUACAACUUAUGCUGAAGAUGAGGCUAUCAAUAAAACUGCCUUGGAUGAAAUUAUUACAAGUUAUGCUGAAGAUGUGGGUAUUAAUAAAUCUGCCUUGGAUGAAAUUGUUGCAACUUAUGGUGAAGAUGGGGCUUCUAAUAAAACUUCCAUGGAUGAAAAUGAUGACAGCAGUGUAAAAUUGCAAUUCUGAGAUUUAUAAUGAUGUGAACAUGGCUAAGAAGAGCUGUUCAAUUGCAGAUGAGUGUCUUGUCUGCUAAAGAUGGAUGCUGCCUCUUUCAAUUGCUACGAGUUUUUUCUGCAUGGAAAACAAUAUAACUGUCAUUUAUCUCUGGAAUUCAAGUUUCGGCAGGGGUUUUUCCCAAUCUUGAAUGGCAUAUCAGUUUUAAACAUUUCUACCACCCAAAAUAGUGAGGGCUCUUUAGUUGAAGGCAUUGCUUGGUAUGGAAGUUCUUUUAGUGCAGUGGUUAGUGGUAGCAAUGCUUGGGGAGUUUGAAGCAACAAGAGAAACAUGGACAGGAGGCUACAUUUUUACAUGUACACACUUUUAUGUGAAGUAUUUUUGCAUGGAUCUGUGUGUCUAGAAUAGCUCCCUUAGGCUUGCAUAUGCACGUAUGUGCCCUUCCCCCCUUGGAAGUAGGGGAGCAAAGCUGCUUUGACUUGAAUCAGAAUCCUUUCAAAUUCAAACAUUUUUCUUCUAAAAGGCCUAUGGCCAUGAAGGAUGAUCUGUACAAGUGGAUUUCAGAAAACUGAAACUUUUUGAUCUGGAUGCUUUGCAUGUUCUCUUUUGUGCAAAGUGAUUGUUCAUACUGACUUUUGGUUGAGAAGAAAGACAAAGUCUGCGACCUGGGGUAGUACCCUAUAUUCCUUGGGUAAUAUGUACCAUCCUUGAGGGAGGCCUUGGCAUCCCGGAUUCUUUCCUGUUAUGGAGCAUUUUUGUAUUGCUACUGUAUUGGUAAGGCUUCAAAAUCUUGCUAUUUGUUUUUGUUA